AUGUCCACCAAAGACGAUGCGCUGGCGAAACUUCGGACGCGAAUGGCACAACCACCCAAGGAUUGGGUUGACGUGGUGAUGGUGAAGAUGCUCAAGGAUCCUGUAUACUACGGUGUAUUGGGUUUAAGCGUUUUCUUUGUGCUUGCAAUCAUUGCACUUAUUGCGACCAAGUUAGUGCUAAAUCAAAUAACGCUCGAGGAGAAACAAAAGACGCGACAGAUAAAGAAGAAGAAGAAAAAGCAGCACUAG